GGAACGGACGAAAUUUGGAGGCGUGACUAGCACUCACUACAGAGGCGUGGUCCCACAGUAAGCUCCUCCUGUCGAAGUAGAAUUGAUGGGCGGGACUAAAGUGAACCGACAGCCAAACACAAACUCUUGAGAGAUGGCAAGACCAAUUGGACAGGAGUAAAGAGGCUGGGCUUUGCAAGGAAUUUUAGCCAAUAGAUAGGAGAGUUCGGUGAGGACUGUUGAACAUCCUCCAAUAAGAAGUACGAAGUGUGUGCGUGUUGGCAAGGGCCCGAACCUGUCGAGACGGGCCAAUGAGAUGGGAGGCAGAGCCAAGAUAGACCAACCACAAAGCCGAACUGAUCUCGACACCGUUACUGGGGCGGGGCAUAUGGUCUCCAAGCCACUGAGCUCUUGUGGGUGGGAAGUCGCCGGCCUUCCAAUGCGCGACUUGGGCGAACUCUACUUCUUCCAAUCGGUGCACCGCGCUGGCAAUUCAAACUGACAGCCGGUUGGAAAGGCAGAGAAGACGGAAGAGGAAGCCCCAUUCGAACGUGUUCCGUGGUAAACUCUUCCGUGGAAUUAGCCUGAAAAGCGACCUCUGGUCCGCUCCACCACUCAGGAGCGGCCGCUGCGGGAGAGACUUGAAGAGUCCCGGGCGACACCGGGAGGCCGGGCGAGUGGGACGGGGCAAACGAGGGUAACUUGGGUCGGAGUCCGGGACCGGGGACGGAACAUCGUGGAGACGGGAGCUGAACACGAGAGCGCCCUUGCACACAGCAGACAGACUGAGGAGUUUUCUCCAACUCUGCAUCCUCCCUCCCCACCGCCAAUCUCAUGCUCCUCAACGAAAGUUAGAAUAGAAGCCAGAUUUGCUAGUUCCCGUCUGUUCCCUCUCACUAAAUCAUACUUUUACCCUUUUACCGGGAAACCAGCAAAAUACCCUGUCCCUUCCCAGUUUUAGCGCUUAGAGAAGAAUCUGAGACCGCAGGAUUUGAUAUGAUUUGAUUUUUUUCUUUUUUCUUUUUUUGGCCAGCAGAAUCAAAGUAGGAAGGGUAUUGUUCUUGUUUGCUUUUUCAAAAAUACUGCGCCUCAUUCUUCCGUGGAACGCUAUGACCACCAGCAGCUGUAGUUUCAAGGACAGAUGCGUGUCCGUCCUGUGUUGCAAAUUCUGUAAACAAGUGCUCAGCUCUAGGGGAAUGAAGGCUGUCUUGCUGGCUGAUACUGAAAUAGACCUUUUCUCUACAGACAUUCCUCCUACCAAUGGAAACAUUGUAGGUUAUCACGUGAUUGUUCCCUGUAGUUCCUGCCUUCUUUCCUGCAACAAUGGACACUUCUGGAUGUUUCACAGCCAGGCAGUUUAUGGUAUUAACAGACUGGACUCCACUGGCAUAAACUUCCUACUUUGGGGCAACUUGCCAGAAAUAGAAGAGAGUACAGAUGAAGAUGUGUUAGAUAUCUCAGCAGAGGAAUGUAUUCGAUGAAUGAAAUUAUAUAAUAUUUUUAUAAUAAUGUUUUCCUAUUUAAUAAUAUGUUCAUGGACCAAUUUAAAAAUUGUUAAUGAAGAUGUGCCAGUGAUUUUUUUGUGUUUUUAUUAUGGUUGUUUUGUUUUAAAACAAAAAUGAAGUAUUUGUUGAUUUAUUUAUGUCUUAUCUCAAAUUAGUUACCUCAAUUUACUUUAAGCCAAUGGAGUUGUUUUUUCAUCUAUGCCCAAUAUAGGUAUAUUUUUAACUUCAGAUAAGAAAAGAUUCCUGAAUAAAGAGUGUUUUUACUGACUCAUAAACAUUAGACUCAACUGAAUAUUAACAGUGUUAACAAGGAGGACAGCCAGGCAUAGUGGCGCACGCCUAUGAUCCCACCACUUGGCAGGCUAAGGCAAGAGACUCACUUGAGAGUUUGAGGCCGGCCUGGGCUACAAAGUGAGUUCAGGGCCAGGCUAAACUAUAUAGCAAAACCCUGUCUUAAAAAGACCAAAAAAAAGGGCUGGGGAUUUAGCUCAGCAGCAUAAGCACCUGCCUUGCAAGCAGGCGGUCGUGAGUUCGAUCCCUGGUACCGAUAAAAAAGAAAAAGACAAAAAAAAAAUUAAAAAAAAAAAGAAAAGACCAAAAGAGCCAGGGAUUUAACUCAGCAGCACAAGUGCCUGCCUGCCAGGCAAGCAUAAGGUUGUAAGUUUGAUCCCCAGUACCAAAAACAAAAAAAAAAAACCCAAACAAAUAAAAUUAAAAUUAAAAUAGCAGGGUGGCUGGGCAUGGUGGUGCAUGCCUGUAAUCAUAGCACUUGGGAGGCUGAUGCUCAAAGAUUGCCUGGAAUUCAAGGCCAGCCUGGGCCACAUAGUGAGUUCAUCGCCAGCCUUAGCUACAUACAUAGUAAGAACUUAUCUCAAAAAAACAAGGAAAAAAAAAAAAAAAAAAAAGCAGGGUAUUAGGUUUCCAUAGGUACUAGUUAUUACAUGUUACAGUGGUGAUAACUGCUUUAAUGUGGAACAAGACUGUAACUCAACUUAUAGAAUAAAUUAAAACUUUAAAAUACAUAGAGAAAUAUUCUAAUUCCUCAGUAUGAUGUUAGAUACACGUUUAUUAUAAAAUUAUCAAUAUAUGUUUACCAAGAUUAUUUAUUUGCGUUAUUUUUAAGCCAUUAUGGAUGUUGUAUUAUGAAUGUCAUAUUAAACCUUCAUCUUUAAGUGCCCCAUUCCCUAGGGCUUUCUCUCUAAAUCGCAAAAUUUACGUAAGUAAUCUCAUUCCAAACCAUGAAGUAGAAAAGAAAAUGGAAGAGGUGGUUUGUUUAACUCACUGUACAUUAUGAAGUUUUUCUUUUUCAUUGUUUAUUUGUGUGUUUGUCUGUUAAACCUGCAUUCAGAGCCAAACAGGUGGGAAAGUGGGGUAGUGUUGGAUCCUGGUUUUAUGUGAAGCUAAAAAAAUCAAUGUACUUCUUAGUUACCAAGUUCUCUAGUAGCUCAGUUGUAGGCAUUUUGUCAAUAAUGAUGCCAAAGCAGACUGAGUUGCAAUUUUGUAAAUAAAGUUGGUUCUAAAAAUGCC